AUGCUGUCACUUGGGAAACCGUCUCCACUUUUGGACGCAGCGUCCGCCGUAGCCCCAGAGCAUGGCGCCCGCCAUCGCUUCGCCGUCAACAUCGCACCUGAAUGGACCACACAGCAUUCCGUUCUAGGGGGCUUCCUCAACGUCAUGAUCCUGUCCGCUGCGCAGAAGUUCAUCUCACAGGAAUUCGGUGGCGCUCGAUACCCCGACCCCAUCCAUGUCUUCGUGCAGUUUUUGAAAACGGUGGUCCCGGGCCUGGUCUCGUUGCGUUGCACCUGCUUGCGCGUAUCCUCUCGCCAGUGCGUUGUGAGGGUGGAACUCACGCAAACGAGAUCUCAGCCCCCGGCGCGGGAUUCUGCGUCGACGGCCGCUCCAGAGCAGCCCGCGGCGGUAGCCAUCGUGACGUAUGCCGCCAUGGCCAAGGAGCAGGGUCUGACGCAGGACUCAUCCUCGAUUGGCCCGAGUCAAAUUCCCGACCGAGUCCGAGAUUGCGAGGUCAUCGACGACCCGGUGGUCGAUGCGACUCCCGUCACCAGCAAGCUGAACUGGCGGGCGCCCCGCGGAUCAAACGGUUUAUGGGGCCAUAGACUGGGAGGCCACCAGCGGGAGGUGUGGGUUUCAUUUCGAGAUGGGUCCGCCAUCUCGGAUGUUCUGCAUCUCGCGCUGCUGUCUGAUAUGCCCUUGCAACCUCCCGCAACCCACCAGCCAAAGUUCUACGAUCAGUACGGUCUCUCCACGCUCUGUCUGUCGGUGGAGUUCAAGAAGCGGCCGCAGCCGUCGACACAAUGGGUGCUGGUCAAGUCGAAUUCCACUACCGUACGUCAUGGCCGGUACGAUGUGCAGGUGCAGAUUUUGGCGGAAAAUGGGGAUCUGCUUGCUUUGAGUCAUCAUGUCUUGCAUAUUUUCGGUUUGCGAGUCCGGGAGAAGUCAAAGAUUUGA